GAUAUGUGGGGUGGUAGCCAUGGAUUGUACUGAAACAUGGCCGUAAUGCGAACCAACUCAUCGCACUCUGUAGUGUAAUAUAAUCAAGAAGUAUGACUGCCAUACUCUCGCAGUUUAGUACGACAGGAUUCUACAAAGCGCCUGUGUCAAAAGGCAUUUUAGGAUGUAUGUUUUUCACAACAUGCGCCCUGAAUACCCCUAUGUUAGCACACAUGAAACACUUGGUGGUGUACGAUAUAUCGGACAUUGUCCAAGGCAGAGAGUUCUGGCGGUUGGUGACUUCUAAAGUGUCAUUCCUCGACACCAAAGACUUAGUGUGUGGAUCACUUCUAAUAUACUACUUCAGAAUAUUUGAAAGGCGUUAUGGGUCGCACAAAUUUGCAUCAUUUCUUUUAGCUGCCUCAACUGUGGCAACUCUAUUAGAACUUGCCUCGAUAUACACUUUGAGGGAUAUGGACGUGCAUCUCUCUCCUUUUCCGAGCGGCCCGUACGCGCUAGUGUUUUCCCUGUUUGUAAGUUAUUUCUUGGACAUACCGAGGGUGGCCCAAUCCUACAUCUUGGGGGUUCCGGUGACUGGGAAGACAUUGACCUAUCUUUUGGGACUCCAGGUGAUGAGUACAUCGAAGGAGACAGCCAUAUGUGGACUCUGUUCAUUGGUCGCUGGUGCACUGUGCCGUUGGAACUUCCUUUACGUGCAAAGAUGGCUGUGCAUUCCCAACUGGUUGGCAAAACUCUCCGACAUGACGUUGGGGCGCCUGCUAUCGUCGAGCCCUCCCAAGGAAGGGCCUCUACAGAUGGGGGCCACACUAGAGAUCCAAAGGCAACAGCAAGCUGAGCUUCUCGAAAUGCAACUCUUGCAGACGCGCAAUGGAAGCUCUGCGGGCCUCAGUUUUGGCUUGGCACGUCAGAACAUGGCUCAAGGAUAUUCAGAGAGGCUAAUUCCAAAUUUGGAUGGACCAGGUACAUGGGAUAAUAUCAUCAAUACAGAAAAUCAUGCAAACACCCAAGCACCACAGCCUGAAAUACAGGUGCAGACGCUGGUCGACAUGGGCUUUGACCGACAGAAGGUUGUCCGAGCCCUCCGGAAUUCCAAUAAUGACGUCAAUCUGGCUACGACCUUGCUGCUCAGUGAAAGUUAACUUAUAUAUAUUUCUCACGAGAAUGAGUUUGUUGGACACCUUUCUGCUGACACCCGAGUGUCGGCAUCUUGGAACAAUCUGUGCUAUGAGCUCUGACAGCGAUUGGGUAUCUUAUUUUAGCAUCCACAGUAAGGUUGCAGUUACAACGAUUUCAGUGCAUACCUGACUGCAUUCGUGUGUGAGACCCGUAUUUUAAGACACAAUUCGUACGACUUUUAUUCUUUGGCCUCACAGCGUAGACUCUGACUACUUGUUCUGCGAGAGUCUCUAAACGUGUAAAUUAAAGUCACGACAAUGAAUAAUUUUA